UAUUAAAUUUUAUGUUAUUCAAAAGAUAUAUUUAGUGCAAAAUGCAUUCUGUAAAAAGAAAAUUGCUGAAUGUAUACAAUAAAUUACAUUUGAAAAGGACCUUAAAGUAUCAUGGGGAUUUUGCAUCAAGUAAAACUGGUAGGUUUGUUCAAGAAAAACCUUUUUUAGGAAACCAAUACCUAGAUGAUCCAUUAUUGCAAAAUUACCUGGCAAAAUAUUUACCUCCAGAGGUGUUUAAAUGGGUUGAUAAAGAUCUGAAGUUGUUUGGAGCAGCUGUAGCUGGGUAUAUAUUGCAUCAUCAUGAGAAUGUUUGUUCUUUUGAACCUCAGUUAAUUCAAUAUGAUGCUUGGGGAAAGCGUGUAGACAAACUGGUUAUGCAUCCUUCUUGGAAUGCACUUCAUGAUAUCUGUGCAGAAGAGGGUCUAGUAUCAAUACCAUAUGUUUCUAAGUUGGAUAAAUGGGGGCGUUUAUAUCAAGCAGCAAAGUUAUACCUUUUCAGUCCAUCUAGCGGAUUGUACUCAUGUCCAAUAGCAAUGACUGAUGGAGCAGCAAGUAUUCUCAAGGUAAGGCCAGAGAAACCGUUUAAGGAUGCCUAUGAAAAAUUAAUAUCAAAUAAUCCAAAUUUGUUUUGGACAUCUGGACAAUGGAUGACUGAAAAAAAAGGAGGUUCUGAUGUUGUAAAUUCAACUGAAACUAUUGCUGUGCCACAAUCUGAUGGAACAUAUGGCUUACAUGGCUUUAAAUGGUUUACAUCUGCAACUGAUGCAAACAUAAGUCUUACAUUAGCUAAAAUUGUUGAGGAUGGCAUAUAUCAGCCCAACCUCACACUGUUCUAUUUGGAAACAAAAACUGCAGCUGGUGAACUAAAUGGAAUAAGUAUUGAAAAACUUAAGAAAAAACUAGGCACUAGACAAAUGCCAACUGCAGAAUUGAUUCUCAGUGGAUCAAAAGCAUACAAGCUUUCAGAUGGUCGUGGGAUAGCGAGUAUUGCACCAAUGCUUAAUAUUACUCGCUUACACAAUUCUGUUAGUUCUGUUUCUAUAAUGAGGCGAUUGUUGAAUUUGGCAAAUGACUAUUCCAAAAAGCGUGAAUCAUUUGGAAAAAAACUUAUUAAACAUCCACUGCAUGCUUUAACAAUAGAGAAAAUGGAGGUAGAACAGCAAGCUGCUUUCUUUUUUCUUAUGCGUGUUUUUACAUUAUUUGGACUCGUUGAAAGUGGUGCAGCUAACAAUGAAGAAAAACUUUUGUUAAGAAUUUUAGUGCCUUUACUUAAGCUAUACACUGGCAAACAGGUUUCUUCAGUAGUAUCAGAAGCUUUAGAAUGUUUUGGUGGUCAUGGUUAUUUAGAAGACACUGGAAUACCUGUUUAUUUACGAGAUGCACAAGUUUUAAGUAUAUGGGAAGGAACAACAAAUGUACUUUCAUUAGAUGUACUUCGAUCAAUUCAUAAAACUAAAGGAGAAGUAUUAAAAACAUUUAUUUAUGAUGUUCAACGCAAUUUGACUCCUUCAUCAAAUACAUCAGAUGUUCUUCAGAAUGCAAAAUCUAUAUUAGUUAAUUCCUUUGACAAUCUUAAAGGAUAUAUCAAUUCAGUACAGUUAAAAGAAGAAUUAUUUUCUGAAGUUUCAGCAAGAGAUUUAUCUUAUUCAUUGGCUAGAGUUUAUAUGGGCUCACUGCUGUACAAUGAAGCUGCCACAAUGCAUGUAGACGACAAAUCAUCUGUUAAUCUUAUUAAAAUAGCUUACAGGUGGAUAGCUGGUCAAGAUUUAAUACCAGUAGUUACCGCUGAUAAAUUGAAUUUUUAAUACAUAUAUAUUUCAAUCAUGUUUUUUUUUCUCGAAUACUUGUGAUCUGGUAUCGUUUUUCUCAAAUACUCGUGAUCUGGUAUCGUCUAUUUGUAUCGUCUAUCUGGUAUCAAUUUAUAUAUUGCCUAUAAUUAUCGCCUAUCUGGUAUCGAUUGUUAUGUAAAUAGUUAAAGCUAAAUAAAUGAAAUUUCUGAUAA